AUGUCUCACGAUGAAGAAGCCACUGAGUAUUCACAUCUGUUAGACCCAAGGGUUGCGGAAUUGAGAGAUCCAAAGCACGAACAAGAGCUUGCAGGAACUGCGAUUGGGGAGCGAUUGCCGUACAAUGACUAUACUACUAUCGACUGGUUGCAUGACCUGAUCAAAGAUUCAUUUCGACAUCGAGCUACAAGAUCUCGAACAAGUGUCAAAGGUAGAUUCUUUGCGGCUUGGGAUUCCUGUCAAGGAUGGGUAGCUGCAUCCAUGAUAGGGAUCUUCACUGCAUUGGUUGCCUUCUGUGUCGACGUUGCAGAAUCCACGAUUUCGGAUUACAAAGUCGGCUAUUGCUCGUCGAAUGUCUUCCAGAGCCGUGAAGCAUGUUGUUCCGUACCAUCUCCGCUGGAAUUAGGAGAAGAGGUGGAUGGGUAUUGUGCAGAGUGGAAGAUGUGGACUGAAGACUACUGGUUGGGAUUUGGGAUAUAUGUUGGAUUUGCUCUAUUUUUCGGACUCAUUGCUGGUGGAGUGACAAUGACUACCAAGGCGAAUUUGCCAGCGGUACGGCAAGUUGAUGAAGAAUUACAAUCGGGGUCCCAACCUCGGGGGAAAUCAAUGUAUAUGGCUGCCGGAAGUGGCAUCCCUGAGAUCAAGACAAUUUUAUCGGGCUUCGUGAUUCCUCACUUCCUGAAUUUCAAAGUACUAUUUGUCAAAGCUGUAGGGGCUACGUUCGCAGUCUCUACAGGCCUGUGCUUGGGAAAGGAAGGUCCAUUCGUUCAUAUCUCAACUUGUGUAGGCUACUUGGUUGCUAGCCAUUUUCCCAAAUAUCAGCAAAACGGAAGGAAAAUGAGAGAGAUGUUGAGCGUGGCUUGCUCCUCUGGGCUCAGUGUUGCAUUCGGUGCUCCAAUUGGCGGGGUUCUGUUCUCCUAUGAAGAAAUUAGCACAUACUUCCCACGAAAGGUUCUUUGGCGAGCUUUCGUCUGUUCCCUAUUCGCCGCGAUUGUUCUCAAAGCUCUCAAUCCCACCGGAACAGGAAAGCUAGUUCUUUUCGAAACCAAUUACGGCAUCAAUUAUGACCCAGUCCACUACCUCGUCUUCAUCGUUCUCGGCAUAUCUGGAGGUUUGUUCGGCGGGGUAUUCUGCCAAGCAAACUUCCUCUGGUCGAAAACAUCUCGUAAGUACUCUAUCAUCAAGAAUCAUCCGGUAUUUGAACUUUCUCUGGUAGUCAUUGUCACCGCUCUCCUGCAAUUCCCCAAUCCUCUCACUCGGGAAGCCGGAGAUGUCAUCAUUAAGAACCUCCUUGUAGAUUGCCGACGCCAAGACAGUUCAUGGGUCUGUGAGCAAGAGGCACUGGAUGAUAAGAGUAGCUACUACGGCUGGCUAGUGUAUGGAACAGCUGUGAAGCUGGUGCUAACGAUCGUAACAUUUGGCUGUAAAGUGCCCUCAGGCAUCAUCAUUCCAGCUUUAGAUGCAGGAGCUCUGUUCGGACGUCUGAUUGGUCAAACCGUUCCUACCAGCUCGCCAGGAAUGUUCGCUAUGGUUGGAGCAGCAGCUUUCCUUGCCGGAGUUUCCAGAAUGACCGUGUCUUUGGCGGUAAUCAUGUUCGAACUCACUGGUGAGGUGGAUUAUAUCCCACCGUUUAUGAUCGCCAUCAUGGUAGCAAAAUGGAUUGCAGAUGCGUUGAGCAGUGAAAGCGUCUAUGAUCUCGCGCAGACAGUUCUCGGUCACCCUUUUCUGGACCCAGAGCAUGCACUGAGCAUUGUACGAGAUAAAGGGUUGCUCGUGGAAGAGCUCAUUCCACCAUCACAGACCAUGAGAGAAAUCACGUUGGAUGUCGGCCCCGAAUACAAGGUCUCGAAAGCAACCCUUGCUACUAAGCUGUCCCAGCUAAAAGCUCGUGGGCUUAUGGAUGCUGGACUGGUUCUCGUGGAUUCGAACAGCAUGUUACAUGGGUAUCUCGCGCAAGGAGAAUUGGAGUUCGCUAUCAACGAGCCCGGAGUUUUGGUGGACAACGAUCCGGUAGACUUAUUGGAAGGAACUGUAGCUAUCUUCAUCGAUCGAACUCCUAUGACUAUCUGCGCAAAGGCUCCGAUGGAAUACGCCAUGGAGCUCUUUGGGAAGCUUGGCUUGAGACACUUGAUUAUUGUCGAGGAGGGCAGCAGCAAAGUUGUUGGCGUCGUCAUCAAGAAGCGACUUGUUGUUUUUCUGGAGAGCUUGGCGCACUGA